UGGAACCGGGCGGGCAUUCCGACCGGUCCGGCACAAGACUUGGUCGGGGUCAUACACAAGGCAAGAGACCUGCUACGAGAAGCGAGCAGUACAGGCAGGCCAAGAGCAGCGACGAUCUGGCUUAACCACGGAUAAAGAACGCUGGCUUCUGAACAACCAUAAAGUAGGACAAAAUUUCGUUUUUUAGCCAUUCUGACCCCUCAAGGUUAGUUUAAGGAUAAUAACAGACUGAAGCGAGUGCACCAUCUCUCAACACGUAGUAAAAGAGAGUACCAGUAUUCCGUGGCCAGCUAGUUAAUCAGUUGGUUAGGUGCAGGUGGCGUUAGGACAAACGUGUAAAGCCAGUAGGAAACGAAAUCGAGACCAAAAUAGAAGUGCUUCUGUAGCCAUCUGCGACUUCAACUGAAAUCUAUUGAACUAUUUAGUGGUGUGCAGUUCUUGCUUGGCACUCCGUAUACUUAGUGGCGGUAUGGAGCGGGCCCGCACCGUCAUGCGGACACUGAAUCCAGCGUUACGGGCGGCUUCUCUUGGCCGAAGUCCCCGCGCCUCCUGCGGACCAUCUACGUUAGCAGUAGGCCUGAAUCGGGACCGAUUUGGAUACCAUCUGCCACGACAGUCAAGUGGUAGUUAUCAACAGCUGGCUAGUUAUCAGACCCGUGCUGCUCAAGAACCAUUUCUAAAUGGCAGCAGUGGAGUGUACGUUGAGGAAAUGUUCCGCGCUUGGAAAUCUGAUCCAAACUCUGUGCAUAAGUCAUGGGACGUUUUCUUCCGAGCAGCUGCUGCAGGACAUGGUCCUGGCCAAGCUUAUACAACACCUCCGACACUGGUAUCGAUGGGCAUUGCCGCUGCACCUCAGCAGGUACCUGUCGGUCCCUCGUCUUCGAUCGGAGUCGUUCCAGCAGCUCCUCGCGAUAUCGAGGACCAUCUCUCUGUGCAGGCUAUCAUUCGCUCAUACCAGGUACGAGGUCACUUUGCUGCUAAUCUCGACCCACUGGGCAUCCUGCCGGUACCACCCAUAGGAUCAAACGGCCUUAAAGAACCAGAGAGCGUUCUUCGUGGUUAUAAGCUAGACGAUAAAGACAUGGACCGCAUGUUUAAGUUACCUUCUACAACGUACAUUGGCGGAAGUGAAGGGGUACUACCGCUUCGUGAAAUUUUGCGUCGGCUGGAAAAUGUCUAUUGCGGAUCUAUCGGUGUCGAGUAUAUGUUUAUUAACGAUCUGGAUCAGUGUAAUUGGAUCCGUGAGAAGUUUGAAACUCCUGGUGUGAUGAACCUGAACGCUGACAAAAAGAAACUUCUAAUGAAACGUCUGCUGCGGUCGACGAAGUUUGAAGAGUUUCUUGCUAAGAAGUGGGUGUCUGAAAAGCGUUUCGGUCUUGAAGGCUGCGAGGUACUGAUUCCGGCUAUGAAAACCGUUAUUGACCGUUCCUCGGAACUCGGAGUCGAUUCUAUCGUUAUGGGAAUGCCGCAUCGUGGCCGCCUUAAUGUUCUGGCCAAUGUAUGCCGUAAACCGCUCGAAAUUAUUUUCACACAGUUCUCAUCUCUCACACCAGCCGACGAGGGUUCCGGAGACGUCAAGUAUCACUUGGGCAUGAGUCACGAGCGACUCAAUCGUCAAUCGAACCGCAAUAUGAAAAUGUCGGUUGUAGCCAAUCCAUCACACUUGGAAGCGGUUGAUCCAGUUGUGUUGGGCAAGACUCGCGCUGAACAGUUUUAUCGAGGUGACACGCAGGGCAAAAAGGUAAUGUCCAUGGUACUCCAUGGAGACGCAGCUUUUUCGGGUCAGGGUAUCGUAUACGAGACGAUGCACAUGUCGGAACUUCCUGAUUACCGUACCCAUGGUACCAUCCAUAUUGUUGUCAACAACCAAAUCGGAUUUACGACCGACCCCCGUUCGUCCCGCUCUUCGCCGUACUGUACAGACGUUGCCCGCGUUGUGAAUGCACCCGUGUUUCAUGUUAACGCUGAUGAUCCCGAAGCUGUGAUGCAUGUGUGCAAUGUGGCUGCUGAAUGGCGUGCGAAAUUCGAAAAGGACUGUGUCAUUGAUCUUGUGUGUUAUAGACGUAAUGGCCAUAACGAAGUGGACGAACCAAUGUUUACCCAACCGCUCAUGUAUCAAAAGAUUCGCAAACAUAAGGGUACGCUCGACUUGUACACUAAGAAGCUCGUUGACGAAGGCGUCGUUACGGAAAGCGUCCUUGAGGAAGAAAAGCAUAGAUAUGAGGCCAUACUUCAGGAGGCCUAUACGAAUGCUCAAAAAGAAACACAAACGCGCAACCGUGACUGGCUAGAUUCACCUUGGAGCGGCUUUUUCGGCGAUCGUUCACCUCUUGUUUGCGAUCCAAGCGGUGUCUCCGAAGCUGUUCUCAAGCACAUUGGAUCCGUGUUUUCUUCACCUCCACCAGGCAAUUUUGCUAUUCACCCUGGCAUCAAGCGUAUUCUGAAAGCGCGUUUGGACAUGGUAGAACAACGAACGGUCGACUGGGCUUUAGGCGAAGCCCUGGCGUUUGGCUCACUUCUUAAACAAGGCAUUCACGUCCGUCUUUCUGGUCAAGAUGUGGAACGAGGAACCUUCUCACACCGUCACCACGUGCUCCACCAUCAAACACAGGACAAGACUACAUACAGGCCACUAUGCCACCUGUGGCCGGACCAAGCUCCAUACACUGUGUGCAACUCGUCUCUGUCUGAAUAUGGCAUCCUCGGCUUCGAAUUGGGCUUCUCCAUGACGAACCCGAACGCCCUUGUCAUGUGGGAGGCACAAUUUGGCGAUUUUAUGAACACAGCUCAAUGCAUUAUUGAUCAGUUCGUGUCAUCCGGCCAGGCCAAGUGGGUACGUCAAUCGGGGCUUGUCAUGAUGUUGCCCCACGGCAUGGAAGGAAUGGGACCAGAGCAUUCUUCAGCCCGUCCUGAACGUUUCCUUCAGCUCUGCUCCGAAGAACCUGAUCACUUCCCCGACGACGCUGCUAAUGCCGAGUUCUUCAUGAAGCAACUCUAUGAUUGUAACAUGAUUGUUGUAAAUUGUACAACACCGGCAAACUAUUUUCAUGUAUUGCGGCGACAAAUCAUGCUGCCUUUUCGUAAGCCACUAAUUGUCUUUACUCCGAAGAGCCUUUUACGUCAUCCCGAGGCUAAGAGCAGUUUUGACGAUAUGAUCGAAGGGACAGAAUUCAAGCGAGUUAUUCCGGACCAGGGAUUAGCUGAGAACAACACUUCGUCUGUGAAAAAGUUACUAUUUUGCACGGGUAAGGUAUACUACGAUUUGAAAAAAGCGCGUGCCGAUGCCGACAAAGUUUCUGAUGUAGCUCUAGUACGUGUAGAACAAUUGUGUCCGUUCCCUUUUGAUCUUAUCAAGGCCGAGAUCGAAAAGUACCCCAACGCUCACAUUCAGUGGGUGCAGGAAGAACAUAAGAACCAGGGAUACUGGGCCUUUGUUCAGCCGCGUAUUAACAUCUGCACGGGCUACCGACGACCUGCCUAUUAUGUAGGCCGUGGUGUUUCGCCCUCAACAGCUACUGGCAGCAAAUACAUCCAUAAAAAAGAAUUCGAAACUUUCAUGGAGGAUGCUAUGGAUUACUAGAGAUCUAUUAAAAAUAUGAACACAUCUGUGGCACAUCUAGCUCGCCUGGUCGAAUCAUAUUUAACAAGCAAUGAUGUGGAAAA